GAGAAAGAGAGAUGGGUUGGCGUGGGAUUCUGGGUUUUGAGUAUGGAAUAGUUCAGGCACCUUUGGGACCUGAUAUUUCUGGACCUGAGCUUGUUGCUGCUGUUGCUAAUGCUGGCGGACUAGCUUUCCUCCGGGCUCCUGAUUGGGAAUCACCAGACUAUCUCCGGGAGCUUAUAAGUAAGACUCGAAGCUUAACGGACAAACCAUUUGGGGUUGCUGUUGUCCUGGCAUUUCCACAUGAGAAAAAUAUAAACGUCAUAUUGGAGGAAAAGGUAGCAGUUCUGCAGGUAUACUGGGGUGAUUGUUCUGCGGAGCUUGUGAUGAAAGCUCAUCGUUCUGGGGUUAAGAUUGUUCCUCAGGUGGGGAGUUUGGAGGAGGCCGAAAAAGCAAUCUCUGCUGGUAUAGAUGCAAUUAUUGUCCAAGGAUUAGAAGCAGGAGGACACGUGAUCAGUCAGGAUGCUUUGAUUUCAUUGUUGCCAAAGGUAGUCAAUCUUGUCGGAGAUCAAAAUAUAACCAUCAUUGCAGCAGGUGGUAUUGUGGAUGCUAGCGGGUAUGUUGCCGCCCUUGCCCUUGGUGCACAAGGAAUCUGCCUAGGCACUAGGUUUCUUGCAACCGAGGAAAGUUAUGCUCAUCCCAUAUACAAGAGGAAGUUGGUUGAGUAUGACAGAACUGCGUACACUGAUAUAUUUGGCCGUGCAAGAUGGCCUGGAGCACCACAUCGUGUUUUGGAGACACCUUUCUUCAAUGAGUGGAAGUCUCUUCCUGAUCAUGAAACAGAAGCCGAUCAGCCAGUCAUUGGUCGAACAAGAAUACAUGACAGGGAAAUAGAAAUCCGUCGUCUUGCCGGGACAGUUCCAAAUGUAACCACAACUGGUGACAUUGAAAGCAUGGUUUUCUAUGCUGGCCAAAGUGUAGGCCUUAUCAAGGAAAUAUUACCUGCAGCAGAAGUGGUAAAGAGGCUAGUUGAAGGCGCUCAACUUCUAAUCAAGCAGAAGUUCAGUCACUAGUACUUUCUUUUUAAGUCACUAAAUCCAUGUUAUUAGCGACCACUAUAACGUAUAGCCCCAAUAUAUCUAUAUAUCCGGCUUCAGAGCUCCUUAUAUCAAUCCAAUUUUUUAUGAGAAGAAUAACACAGUAUGUCUGAACCAAACAUGCUUGCAUUAUUGAAAGUAUCAUUCACCUCCAUGUACUUUCCAGCCAUCAGUACCUGAAAAUGUUAGAUUAGUACUUUGUUGACUUCAGAGUUUUGCAAAGCGCAAAGGUAACAAAUACUGAAUUAAAGAAGCCGGGAGGUCUUCUGCAAUUUGGCUAACAGAAGCAGCAACGAUUUCAAUGAGCCCUUGACUAGGCACACCCCUGAGCCCUUAGGUUACUAGGGCACCCCCCACCCACUACGGCGUGGGCAAAUCCUUCGCCAAAGAAGUUACUAUCAAGUCAGCUUGAGAGUUGCUGCCUGGCUAAACUCAUCAUCCUACUUUCACUUUUUGCAAUAUUCAUUCAAUAAACUACACAUCAGUUACAAGCCGAGAAUCAUACAAACAUUUUUUUUCCUACACUGAUCUAAUUCUCUUACCUAUAUUGGAACACCCGAAGUAGUACAUGACAUGAGUGACCAAGGACUUUUCUCACUUCCCUUUCCUGCUAGUGACUCCCUUUUCACUUUGCAUUCUGUUGAUUUGGUUUAGUGCUGGCCCAAGGAUAUUGUAAAGCACCCAAAGUAUAGCUGGAAUGAUUGGCAGUAGGAGUGCCAAGGCACGGUUAUCGCCUUCUGCAACAUCUGCAAUUCUUUGUGCACCAAACGCAGGAUCACACGAAAUAAGGGUGGACAGGAUGGUACCAGUAAUGGUGGCAGUCCUGCUUGGGGAACUGGAAGUUUCGGUGUUCGUCAUGGUUUCAGAGGAAGUGAAGCUCGUUGGGAGGUCUUUCUGAGAGAGAAGGGAUACUGUUUUUAUAGUUGGUUUGCAGGGGCUUCUGGUUUUGGAUGACUUGAUGCUGAAGCUUUUAACAUUGAGCAUGGCCAGGGUGCCUAAGGUUGAAGCCAUUAGUACCUACACCUUGAAGAUCUCUACAGUUUAUUUGACAUUCAAGGACUCAAUUUAUGGGCGUCCAAGGAAGCAUAGUAUAGUAGUCUCUAGAGUCUUCAUCUUCUCUUAUAAAUGUCACAUUGAAAGCUGUACAUCAAUGAGAACUAGUGGUGGAAAAUCAAGCAACUCGAUCUCGAUGUAUCUGGACACUUCAGUUCCUUGACGCCAUAUCAAACUAAAGGGGUCAAUUUGACUUUGUUUCCAUGACCCCAGAAACAUCUAUACGCAUUGGCAUGUCUUUGUGAC